ACAAAAUCUAUUCAGACAUGAUAAAUGUUAUUCUACAGAGUUCCAUUGUAGAGUAUUAUAUCUGGAAAAACAGGUCAUGCUUAAGAGGUGCACUAUGCUGUUGACAGGAUAGCAACAGGCUGUGGAGGUGAGUAUAAAUAACACAUGUAGAUCUUACCUUACUGCACAACAGGACUACUGACCUUACAAGAGAGUACAUGGAGAAUGAAAUCUACAAAAACAAUUUAUCAAAAAAAGAAAUAGGACCAUCACAAGUAUUGAUCACCUUGUGUGUUCUUGAAAAACAUGGACUAGGGGAACAUGUUAUAACUUUGUUUACUAUACAUACACACAGGACAUAUGCAAAUGUAUUAAAAAUACAGCCUUUGACAGAUAAACUGAACUCUUGUGUUCACAUGUUUGACUUUAUAUUCAGGAAGACCAAAGUUUGAUCAGGCGGGACUUUACCGGAAGUAGAGACACUUUCUAUUUUAUUGACAGUAUUUUAAACUUACAGUUUACUACAGCUUGGUGGAGUGUUUUGAACAUAUAUAAUCGUGAAGGGUUGACUUGAUGUUUUUGUUAUGUCUAGAUAAAAUAUAAUACGUCGAUUAUUCCAUAUAAAAAUGCCAAUAUGGGACAACCUUUUUUCGAGGAGAAAAGCGGAAGUGGAUGUGGGAUUUCUCUCUUGACUCGACAAUCUCUCGGUAACCAAGCUAAUCACUAGUAUGUUUACGGACGAAGCCCUGGACUCAGUGAGUGUGCAGUCUCAGUGGAGGAUAUCCCAGCAGUCCGCGCAGGAGUCGAGAGGCUGUCAGACUCGAGCCGUGCACAGAGCUGAGGCGCAGGUGCAGGCGGGGUCCUCCUCCACCUGCUCCACCCAGACAGAGACACAGCCUCAGAAGGAGCUGCCUCUCCAGGCCGGGCUGGAGCUGCCCGGCCUGGAGCACUUCCUGCAGCGGGUGGAGGACACUGUCGUUAGAGAGCUAGUCAGAAAUUCCAAGAGUCACGCCUUUGAUGAGUUCCAGGUGAACUGGGAGGAUCACAGUCAGCAAGUUUCAUGCCUCCAUUUCCUUCAACAUCCCUGCGCACAAGAGAGAGGUCUUCAUGUAACCAGUGUUUCCUGGAACUGCACAGGUUCAGUUAUUGCCUGUGCCUACGGUCGGAUUGACGAUGGAGACUGGAGCACUGAGAGGUCGUGUGUGUGUACGUGGAACCUGGAGCGCCGCAGCCUGAACCCCAAACAGGCUGAUCUGGUGAUAGAUGUUCCCACAGCCGUCACCGCUCUGUGCUACCACCCCGAGCAGCCCGCCCUCAUUGCAGGGGCCCUGUACAGUGGAGAGGUGCUGGUCUGGGACACCAGCCGGACUCUGGACCCAGUGCUGGUCCAAACUGGGAUGUCAGUAGACAGCCACAGAGAGCCUGUGUAUCAAGUAGCCUGGGUGCCCCUGCAGAAGAAAGGGGAGUUUGGGGUUCUCAGCGCGGGCUCAGCAGGACGGGUGCUGCUGUGGAUGGUGGACUGGGAGCAGGCCCGGUUUGUUCUGAGCGCUGCCUAUGCCUUAGUGCCACAGCAGCUUCCACACAGCAGCGACAGCAGCUUCAAGGCCCGGGGCAGCAGCACUGUGGGGAUCACCUCCCUGGCUCUGUCCCCCUGGGACCCAGACACGUUCCUGGUGGGCUCUGAGGGGGGGCUGCUGCUCAGGUGCUCCUUUUCAUCCCAGAAGCCCGCCGCUGUGCCCUCCGAAGGCCAGAGUGUGACCCUGAAGGCCCCCGCUGUCUUCCUGUUCAAGCACCGCAGCGGCCCUGUCCACUCCAUACACUGCUCCCCCUUCCACAGGAACCUGUUUGUGAGUGCAGGGACUGACGGCCUGGCCAACCUCCACUCCCUGCUGCAGGCCCCCCCGCUGUUGUCUCUCAGGGUCUCGCACUCCUACGUGUUUCAGGUGCAGUGGUCUCCGACCAGACCUCUGGUGUUUGCAGCAGCCACCGGACAAGGUGAGGUGCAGAUAUUCGACCUGGGCCGCAGGUCCCUGAGGCCGGCAGCCAUCAUCGAGCAUGGGGGGGCAGACCAAGCUGCAAGCUGUCUGGCCUUCAACCAUCGGAACCCCCACCUGCUGGCUGUGGGGAGGACAGACGGGAGCAUGGGCAUCUGGCAGCUGAGCCACGAUCUGACGGAGCAGGGCCCCCGAGAGAGUAUCCAGCUGGAGCAGAUAGCCAAUCAGGUGGCAGAAUAACACGCUGCAUUGGACUGAUGUAUAUGAACUGUCUUCAAGACAAAAAAGGAAAUAAAAACAGGAGGAGGAUUCCAGUUCUAACCAGUAGCGUUUAUUAAAGCACACUGCAGUUGUUGGUGUUACGGACAACAUUAGUUUGACUAUAAGGUUCAUCGAAAGCACAAGCUAAAUCAGCUAAAAACAAUCACAUUCAAAUGUAGACGGAUCCACUAUGCUAUGAGAAGCACACCGAGUUAAAGGAGAGCAGAUAAAUAGAGGACUGACAGUUGUUAUAGUGAGUAUUCCUAGUGCCACAGUCAUGCAGUAUCAGCCGUGUUCGUGUUGAAGUGUGUGGGAAAACGCAUCCCGAUCGGUCCCUGGGGGGCGGGGAUCAGUUGACGAAGAGCGAGCGGGUGAAUUCAACGAAGUCGAAGGCUGUGGGCAGCUCGCGGCCCUUACUGUCCAGGUAGGGCUUCAUGUGUGACAGGCAGUAGUCGGCCUGCUCCUUGGACAGGUUCUGAAAGAGAGAGGGGACUGUUAGAGCUGCAGGGAGCCCCCACCCACGGAUCCACAGAGAGAGCAGAACACAUCCCACCUGGUACAGCUCUUCUUUAGUGACGUAGGGUUUGGCUUCUACGCUGAGCGCCCGGAAGGCGCUCUCUAUCUCCUCACUGGACUUAACGUUCUCCGUCUCUCGGCUGAUCAUGAAGGCCAUGUACUCCUGCAGUGACACGUUGCCAUCCCUGCACACACACAUUCCUCUGUUAGAAUCUGAAUGACUCGUCCCACAGAGGGGAGACUUACAUUGUUACAGCAAAAGUAAAGAGCCAAAAAUAGCUACAUAUCAAUGAAGAGGGAUGCAUCAAAUAUUAAAGAUAAAAACAGAAAUUACACAAAUUACAAUUUACAAAUGACACAUCCAGUAACGAUAUUUAAAUUAAAAUAAGUAUAGCAUGUAACAGGUAGUGCACACAUCACUGAUCCUGACCUGUUGGGAUCCACAGUGUCGAGUAUGGCCUCAAACUCCGGGUCGGGCUCUCCCUCCUCCACCAUGGGCAGGUCGUAGCCCAGCGAGCGCAGACACGACUUGAACUCCUGGUGGUUCAGACGGCCCGACUUCUCCUUGUCGAAGUGCCUGCAGAGGAACAGGAGGAGGAUCAGACCAGAUACAGACUGUCAGGUCCAGACAUAUUGUCAUAGACGGCAUAUUUCAUCAGAGUGUUCCUGGAUCUAAUGAACCCUGGUCAGGUCACUCACUUGAACAUCAUACUGAACUCCUUCAGAGCCUCCUCCGUCACUCCCGUGGUGUUCCUGAAACAAAGAUGGAGGAACUUGAGCUCCAGCAGCAUGAUGCUGUUUUACAUUUGGUAACAGCAGAGGAGGAUAAGUACCUAGAUAUUUUACUUAAAUAAAUAUAGUAAUAAAACAUCUUAGAAAUAGUAAAAUAAUAGCUUUAAACAGAUCAUUUCUUUGUUUUAUAAUUAUUAAUUAUCCAUUGAUGUAAAUGCUCACAUGGAUUAUUUAAAUGGCUAUACUGCUGAAUAGCUUAACCCAUAAUAAUACAUAAUGAUUCAUUGGUGGAUAUAUAUUGUGUAUUAUAGAUCCAUACCUGCAAAGUUGCUAACAACUCAAUUUGUAAAAAAUAUAUAUAUAAUGGAGGAAAAAAGGACAAAUUGGACUCCAAAGUGUAAUCAAUAAAAGUAUAAAGUAGCAUAACAUGAGUAUACUUAAAUGGAGUACAAAAACCUCCAAAUUGGACUUAAGUACAGUGCUAGAGUAAAUGUACUUAGUAACAUAGCACCACUGAGCUGGAGAGUGUGUGGUAAGGGUGUGUACCUGGCCUGGAUCUGCUGCUCCAGGUUGUGCUGCAUCCUCAUCCCCAGCUGGUCCAGCUGGUCCCACUGCUGGGCCAGCCCCACCGUGCUGUGCUCUGUGUACUUGUUGUCCAGGAUCAGCGCCUCCUCCAUCGCUGCCCCCAGGUCCUCGAUCUUCUUCAGCUGGCUGCGCAUGGCCCGGAUCUCCUGGUGCUUACGCUGCGCACACACACACACACACACACACACACACACACACACACAGAUGAACAAAACGUGCCACAUGUGGUUUACCCUUUAUCUCAGCUCCCAAUCCAGCAAACUGAAGUCCUGGUCCAUGACUGCACGUCCUGGGAAUACUGGGAAUGACACCAUGCAGCAGUGAUUGGGGCUCACCUUGGUGGCCUCCAGCUGGGACUCCAGGGUUCCAGACUCUUCCACCAUACACGACCUGCCGGCAACACACAGUGACAUCAGAGAAGAGGCAGCAGAGCCGGACACACUGUUGGUAUUAACUUUAAAGACCUAAACUAGUUUGCUACCAUGACGACAAUUAACUUCUGAAAAUAA